UUCUAUUUUCUUUUUUAUAUCGCUCUCAUAAAGUGUCUCUCUACUUUAUCUGUCAUAUUUUGUCGAUUGUCUAUAAAUGUUGAUCGUUCAAUGUUCAACUCGUUUUAUUAUGAAAUUUUUCUUAAUAUAUUUUUGGUAGUAAAUACUUAAUUAUGGCUAGUAUAGACCUAGAUAUUUGGCGAGGAGAGUGGGGUCUUGCAUCUAUUGAUUUGGAAUGUUUGAAAGUUUUGACCUAUAUGAAAUUUAUCGGUGUACCAGUUCGAGUACGAGAAGCUAACAAUCCAUAUUUCACACCAAAGGGAAGACUGCCUGUUAUGAGAGACGGACGGAAUGUACUCACGAAUUUUGAAGAAGUCGUCGACUAUUUGAAAUCCUUGCAUUACAGUACGGAUGUCCACUUAAACACAAUGCAAGCUGCAGAAGCGAGUGCGUUCACACAGUACCUCCGUGACAAGUUGUACCCUGCAUACCAGUACACAUGGUGGGUGGAUGAGAAGAAUUAUAGUGAUGUGACACGGCCUGCAUACUCUAAAGCUUUACGCAUCCCCUUCAACUUCUAUUAUCCAUCACGAUAUCAGAAUGCUGCCAAAGAAAUGAUUGAUGCACUAUAUGGUGAACAUACUGAUUUAAGGGAGAUUGAAAAGACUAUAUACAGUGAAGCGGAAAAGUGCCUUAAAACUCUAUCAGACAGGCUGGGAGAGAGUGAAUACUUCUUCGGUAACCGGCCGUCGUCAUUUGAUGCAGUUGUGUUCGCGUACUUGGCACCGUUAGUUAAAGCACCAUUCCCUAACGCCACACUGUCGAAUCAAGUCAAGGGCAUAGCCAAUUUGUCAAGGUUUGUGGCUAGGAUCAACCAGAAGAAUUUCAGACAUGUUACAGAUGAAUAUAAUAAACAAAAUGCAAAGAAACAUUCAACGGGAACACAGUCAGAUAAAGAAGCGGCCAACUUUCCAAACCAGACCCGCAACAAGAUACUGGCAGCACUAUUUGCCGCCAUUGCCAUGACCGGGUAUGCGGUUGCUAAUGGAAUGUUCCAAGAGCUGAAAGAUUUCGAACAGUCGCGCGAUUACAACGACAUGUUUGAGAAUGACGAAGAGGACAACUGACGCUGACACUCGCGCCGUCGCCGGACACGCCGCUGAUUACGUUUGCACCAGUCGAAGCGAAGCUGUUACGUAUUGUGUUUUGAUUUUUAACAAUUAUUGUGACAAAAAAUUGUAGUCUGAUCGUUUACUGUGUCUUAGGUAGUUCCUAAGGAUGGGUAUAUAUACAUAUAUACCAAUAUCUAUAUAUUUUAGUUACAAUAUGUAUAUAUUGGAAAAAUAACAGAUAUAUUAAAUAUCAUUAAUUAAAUAUCAUAUAAUAAUGAAAUGAAAAACCCUAUCUAAACGAAUAUAAAUGUCGAAUACUAUAUAUAUAUAUAUAUAUAUAUAUAUAUAUACUAGUAUAGGUGAUAUCUAAUUGAAUGAUAACCUUUUAUCACCCAUAAUGUUCUAAGGAAACUGAUAUAUAGAUAUCGAUGCGAUAUCAAUAUUACCCAUGCCUAGUAAUUGUGUGUAGACGCCACUUAUUUGAAGUGAUUCAAAUAUGGAACAUGUCUUUAUCUCGUGAUGAAUCUUGCAUUUAUAGUAAGCUUGAAUUUUGGUCAUAAAUUUAAAGUGAGAGAAAAAAGUGUUAUUGUAGCAUUUAUUAUGAAUAUAUUAGGUAUACUAAUAUUAUAAAAGGGAAAGAUUAGAUUGAUUGUUUGUUUGUGUAAUGCACAAACUCAAACACUACUCAACUGAUAUAAAAAUUCACUCAAAAAAUUUUGACAUUAUAUUACAGUAAUGUAUCAAAAAAAUUAUGUAUUAAAGCUUUAUAUAAAUCUUUAUAUCUAUCUAUCCGUGCAAAGUUAGUUAAAAAUAUGUAACUAAAAAGUAAAAAAUAAAUUUAUUAAUACACAUAUCUGUUGGCGACAUACAGACAGAUCCAUCAGCUUGUUUACUUCAACGUAUAGUAAAAAAUGUCAUAAUGAGACACAAAUAUGUCUUGUACUAUGUAAAUAUAUAUGUAAAAUUGUGAAAUAGUACUCUAAUAGUACUAUGAGAUCUAAAUUCUAUAAAGUGCCAAUAAUAAAUACUAAUAAUACGAUAAAAAUUUUAGUUUUGUUGUAAUACACGGUGCAUGAUUCCAUAUAAUUGUUUUCUUUCAAUUGUUACUGCAUGUUGACGUAUGUGUAUGGAGUUAUGCCUUUUAUUUAGUUUAUUAACAUGUCAGUGGGAUAUCUUUGAAUAAUUAUAACUUGCAGUCCUGUUAUCUGUGAUAGUUUAUAAUGAGAAAUAAAAAAUAAUCUCUAUUUUCCACCGAAACUUAAGAUUUUUAAAACUGACAACAAAUUUUGUUGAAAAUAUUUGUUCUUAUUUCUCAUAUCAAAUUUAUUAUUGGCAUAUUUGUGAAAAAACAAACCUCUCAAACUGUUUAACCAGAGGGAGACUUUGUACAAAAGUCGAUUGCUUGGCUACCUCUGUCCCAUUCGUAUUUUAACGGUGAAGCAGUUGUGUUUGCAUGGCUGUGUUUUGGUUUGGUGGGUAUGGCAUGAAUUUAUUGGGUACAGAUGAAUAACACCUGAGUCCUCAGGAAUGGCAACGCAUGGGGGGUAUCAUGGGCGAAACAGUAUACUCUGUUAUGUCCAUGGUACUGCUCAUGUCUAUAGGCGACCGUUACCACUUUCCAUCAGGUGGGCCGUCAGCUUGUUUGCCAUUCUAAGUUGCAUAAAAAAAAUAUUUGUUUAAAAGAAUAUUAAUUAAUCCAAUAUUGAACAAUUAUAAUACAAAUGUAGCAGCUUGUCUUCGACUGAUGACGGUUAUAUUAUAUUAGGUGAUGAAUUGAUGACGAAUGAAUGACGGUUAGAUGUUUGUUAGUGACGUUGUAUUGUAGUGCAACGUUGUCGCUCAAAUACCACUAGAUGCCGCUUACCGUUGCCGUAUUGGUAGUCUAGUUUCCGAACGGUAAUAAUCUCAAAUUGAUCAUACAUGCAAAGACGGUGCUGGUGAAUUAUGGUUGAUUUUUUUUUUUUUAUAAAUAAUUAGAUUAGUCUUGAAAAUCUUACUAAUAUAAUGGUUAUGUCAAUUUGAACCGAAUUUAAGAAGACAGGAGAGUCUCAUUUCGGUUGUAUUUUUGUGUAAUGGUUGCCACUGAUUUUUUUUAUUUAUUUUAUUUAAUACUUUAUUGUACACACCAGUUAUAAGAAUAUGACAGAGGUAAUCAAAUGUAGAAAGGCGAGUUUAACUCUGAUAGAGUUCUCUUCCAGCAACACCCAAAGUGGAAAGGAGCAUCAAUGUCAGCGGAUAGAGCGGUGUACAAUAUUGUGACAAUUUUUAAACAAACAAUAUUAAUUUAAUUACAUUACAUGUAAUCAUACAAAUAUACAUUAUUACUGAUAUUUAUUAUUAUGACGGAUUACUACGACAUUUAUUUAUUGAUUUGGAAAAUUCCUUCUUUACUUUCAGAUUGGCUAAAGUUUUAUUCAUAUCGGUUCAGUAGUUUAAGUCUUUAAAUCAGAAUAAUUGAUUUAGCCACGAUCGAAGGCGGUUUUUGUUGAUCGAUAUUUUAUUUAUUUAUUUAUUUAUUCACUUUUUAUUGCACUACUUAAAAAAAAUACAAAAAAAUAUUACAAAUACUCUUAUAUAUUAUUAUUUAAAUAUUUUGUGUUUAUGUUAAACAUAAUGGUUUCAAACAAUAUUUUAUGGUUUUAUCCUGUACAUUAUUGUAUAAUGAUUUUUUUUUAAUCAUUAUGAGAAAUAUUAAUAAUGAAGAACUAGGGAGGAUGUCGUGGAUUCUAACCUAAGUGAUACUAUCAUCCAGGCGUAGUGUCGAUAAAAUGACGAUAUACGAAUAUAAAAUAUUUAUUUUUCACCAAUGAAAAUAAGAAUAAGCCCGAUGUAACUCGCAACCAUCACCUCACUAUCGCCAUCUUUUAAUGUAUGUAUUUGCACAAUAGUAUUAAUUCUUACUAGAGACAAUAGGACCGAUUUUGAGGUGCCAUCUCUCUAAACUUAUAUUUUAAUUUGAUCAUCAUCAUCAUCACCAUCACAGCUAUUGUCUGUCCAUUGCUGAACAUAGACCUUCCUGAUACCCAUAAGGAACGGUCCUGAACUGACUUCAUCCACUUAUUUAAUAAUUUCGCAGUUAGUAUUUUAUGUACCAUCAUUAAUUAAAAUUAUAAUAAUGUUGACUUAAAUCUAUUAGAAAAUUAAUUCGUAUUGGUGCUUACAAGAAAUAUUUCGUUGUUAUAUCAAAUAAAAAAAAUUAUAAUAGAAAUUUGGUUUAGAGAAAUUAGCGCCUCAGAAUCGACCUCUCAAUAUAUAAUUAAAAUAUGGUCUCUAUAUUUACUGUUAUUUCGGGGCAAUGUAGUGACUUACGGAAUAAAUAUGUAUAAUUUUUAUGAUGAUCCUGUUAAAAAAAAAAAAGAACCAAAUAUGUAUUUUAUAAAAACGUGUCGUUAGUCGGUUAAAUUUGUAACACGUUUUCGAAGACUCCACUAACUUGAGGUCACCGAAUUCCGUUAUAACAAAACGGGAAUCUAAUUUAUAUAACGACAUAACUGUAUAGUGCUUGCAGAAAUGGAAAAAAAAGCGUGCAUAUUCCUGCAUUUUUAUGGAUUAGUCUUUUUCCUAUUUAGAUGUUUGCUAGUGUGUAGUUUCGGUUUUCAUGAACGAGAAUUAAUUGUUGUUUUAAUUUAUUCUGAGAUGCAUGAAUAAAAUAUAAUGUUAUGUCAAGUUA